AUGGGUGACAAAGCCAUCUCUCAUCCAAAGCUUCAUUGUUUUUACGCCAAUUUCACUCUGCGAUUUUAUCAAUUUCCUGAUUUCUUCAACCUGAUAUCACUGCGAAAUCUCACUACCCUCUCUUUGGAAUUCCCCAUAUAUAGUAUCCCAGCCGAUCCUUUGAUUAAUUUCCUUGAGCGAUCUGGACCCUCACUCAAAUCACUUUCUUUGGCAGAAGCCGGGCCAACACUGCUUGGCGAGGAACUCAUCAACGUGUGUUUGACAACACCCCAAUUGACUACUUUAGAUUUGUGGUUCCGACCGCCAGGCAGGUAUGACGUUGAAGAAUAUCUUGGCCCAUUCUUUGAGCGACUUUGCUUGGAUCCCGAACAAAGAGACAUACCCGCUAAUGAAGUGCCGAUACUUCCGCUACUCCAGACGUUUAUCCUCGAAAUGCACGGCGAUUUCCCCUGGCACUUGCUACCUGGAAUGAUUAGUCCCUUCAACAAUGGAAUACAUUCUACUCGCCGUCCUUUACAAAAAGUUGUGAUCAAGUGUUAUGUUGACUUGGAGGAAAGGAUGAACGACUCUGAUGGUUCUGAGAGUUCCCAUUCUUCGGAUUCAGGCGAUGAUGAAGGCGACAUCACUCCAGAUAGAAAAAGCACUCCAAAGCACGAACGCAGAUUCUCAAUCGAUGACCGUCUAGCGACUAUCAAUAAGUUCAGAAGACUGCGUGAAAUAUCUUAUGCGUUGAUUCCCGAUUGGGAUACCUACGACAUGCUUUGGGACUUCGGAAGGCAACUUAGUACCUUCCAACUUCUGCUCUCAUCUGAAUAUCAAAGUCAUCACGAAUGGGAUUUGUUUGAACUUUCGUGUUUACUCUUGGAUCUGGACGAUCCGCAAUGA